CCAAUGAGCUCAUCCUGCUUGCCUUGCCUGGCUGGCUGGCGCUGCUGGAAGAGUCCCGCUUGGGACACACACCGAGAAACCCCGAAGCGCCUUUGAGGCGCUGCUGGACUCCCAGCAAGGCGGAGAAAGAAAAGUAUUAAAAUGUUAAAAGCAGUUUUGAAGAAAAGCAGAGAUGGUGGAAAGGCAAGCAAGAAGGAAUCGGGUGACUCAUGCUCAGAAAAUGCACUACAGAUAAUUACUACAUCUGGCCACAGCGCAGAUUUCCCCAGUGGUAUUCAGCCUGUACCUGAGGAUGUCUACAGAAUGAGCUUGGCCAAAGGAGUUUCCAUGUCCUUGCCAUCAUCACCUUUGCUGCCUCGUCAUGCCUAUUUGAUGCAAUCAAGAGCAAGCAAAAAAUCUCCAGGUCCCAUCAGGAAGCCCAAGUACGUGGAAAGUCCCCGGAUACCAGGAGAUGCAGUUGUCGUUCCAAUGAGGAAAGUCUUGGAGCCGACUGAACACAACCAGAAUGAAACAAAGUCAGAGAAAGAAUCAAGCUGUUCACCAGCAGCUCAGGAACUGAUGACAAGGCUGGGAUUUUUGCUGGGAGAAGGGAUUCCGAGCUCUGCCCAUAUCUCUGCAGAAGAAAAACAUGAAACUAUGUGCACAGUAGCUAGUCAAAGAGUCAGCCCCUGUUCUACGCUAACGAGCAGCACUACGUCGCCUAGCACUGAUAGCCCUUGCUCAACUCUGAAUAGCUGUGCUGGCAAAACAGCAGCCAACAAAAGUAGUCCCUGUGGGACCAUUAGCAGCCCAAGCUCCACAUUAGAAAGUAAGGACAGUGGAAUUAUAGCAACAGUUACAAGUUCAUCGGAAAACGAUGACCGUAGUGGAUCCAGUUUGGAAUGGAGUAAAGACGGGAGUCUCAGAACCGGUGUACAUCAAGGAAUUAUUCAUGAACGAAGGACAGAUAAUUGUUCACCAGUUGCAGAAGAGGAGACUGUUGGGUCUUCAGAAAGUUUGCCCAAAGUAGAAGCUUCUGGAGAUGGCCCUGUUACAUAUACUCAAAGCUCUGGUUCAUUAGUAAUGCCUCGACCUAAUUCUGUUGCAGCAACAAGUUCCACCAAGCUAGAAGACCUGAGCUAUUUGGAUGGACAGAGGAAUACUCCAUUACGGACCUCAAUUCGCUUACCUUGGCACAAUACUGCUGGAGGGAGAGUUCAGCAAGAAAUAAAAGCACGUUUUGUCCCCUAUAAGCCUCAAGAUAUUUUGCUAAAGCCACUAUUGUUUGAAGUGCCAAGCAUAACAACAGACUCUGUGUUUGUCGGAAGAGACUGGCUGUUUCAAGCAAUCGAGGAAAAGUUGAAGAAUACAGAGCAGGCAGAAACCAGGGGAGCUGUUGUGGUUGGAAAUGUGGGGUUUGGGAAGACUGCUAUUAUUUCCAAGCUUGUGGCACUAAGCUGCCAUGGAAGUCGCAUGAGGCAAAUUGCUUCCACCAGCUCUAAUUCUUCUCCCAAAACCAAUGACCCCUGUCAGGAGAUUCCUCUCAGCCAGUUACCCCCUUCUGUUGUUACCUCAGCUGGUAUCAAUACAAUCAAAACUUUGAACUGCCCCCCUGCUCAGGAACAUCAGAACCAAAUGGGCGAAUCAGUUAGACGUCUUGCUUCAAAGGUUGUUGCCUAUCACUACUGCCAAGCUGACAACACUUACACCUGCCUCGUCCCAGAAUUUGUGCAUAGUAUUGCAGCUCUGCUUUGCCGGUCACAUCAGUUAACAGCAUACAGAGAACUUUUGAUAAGGGAACCACACCUACAAAGUAUGCUAAGCCUUAGGUCCUGCGUUCAAGAUCCAGUGGCAGCAUUCAGAAGAGGAGUAUUGGAACCACUAGCAAAUCUUAGGAAAGAACAGAAAAUUCCAGAAGAGGAGUACAUAAUUUUGAUAGAUGGCUUAAAUGAGGCUGAAUUUCACAAACCUGAUUAUGGAGACACAGUUUCUUCAUUCAUCACAAAUGUUAUAUCUAAAUUUCCUCCGUGGCUAAAACUGAUUGUGACUGUAAGAACAAACUUUCAGGAAAUAACCAGCUCACGUCCUUUCUUCACAAUCUCCCUAGAUGAUUUCCCUGAGAACAAAGAAAUACAAGCAGAUUUGAAUGCAUAUAUUCAGUACAGGAUCAGUGCCAGCCAGGAUAUUAUAAACAAUAUAUCUCUUAAUGGAAAAGCUGAUGCAGCUAUUAUUGGGAAAGUGAGCAACCACCUGAUCAUGAGAAGCAUGGGAUCCUAUCUCUACUUGAAACUGACACUGGAUCUCUUUCAGAAGGGUCACCUGGUAAUCAAAAGUGCAAGCUACAAGGUAGUUCCGGUCUCACUCUCUGAGCUUUAUUUGCUCCAGUGCAACAUGAAGUUCAUGACAAAUUCAGCAUUUGAAAGAGCCCUGCCCGUGCUAAAUGUGGCCCUGGCAUCGCUGCACCCAAUGACGGAUGACCAGAUUUUCCAGGCUAUUAAUGCUGGACAGAUAUAUGGUGAACAGGAGUGGGAAGAGUUCCAUCAGAGGAUGGAGGCCCUUUCAGGCUUUCUGAUAAAAAGACGUGACAAAACACGGAUGUUCUGCCACCCUUCCUUCAGGGAGUGGCUUGUUUGGAGAGCGGAUGGUGAAAACACUGACUUUUUGUGUGAACCAAGGAAUGGGCACGCUCUCCUGGCAUUCAUGUUCUCUCGGCAGGAAGGAAAACUAAACCGUCAGCAAACAAUGGAACUUGGGCAUCACAUUCUUAAAGCCCAUAUUUUCAAGGGUCUCAGUAAAAGGACUGGAAUUUCUUCCAGUCACCUUCAAGCCUUGUGGAUUGGCUAUAGCACUGAUGGCUUGUCAGCAGCCCUUGCAUCUUUGCGAAAUCUCUAUACUCCUAACGUAAAGGUGAGUCGUCUGCUGAUUUUGGGUGGCGCAAAUAUAAAUUACAGGACAGAAGUUCUCAACAAUGCUCCAAUAUUAUGUGUUCAGUCUCAUCUUGGUCAUGAAGAAGUGGUCCUCCUCCUCCUAGAAUUUGGUGCUACAAUUGAUGGUGCAUCUGAGAACGGGAUGACCCCACUUUGCUGUGCAGCAGCUGCAGGCCAUAUGCACAUAGUUUCACUGCUCUGUAAGAAAGGAGCAAAGAUUGAUCACUUGGAUAAAAAAGGACAGUGCGCUUUGGUUCAUAGUGCUCUAAGAGGCCAUUGUGAUGUUCUUGAAUAUCUGCUCAACAUGGAUUGGAUAAUGUCUUCCCAUCAGCAGAGUUCACUGACAAAGCGGCAGGCACUUCAGCAGGCUCUGACAGCAUCUUCAAGUAUGGGGCAUUUUCAGGUGGUUCAAUUUCUAAUAAGGAUGGAAAAGGAGCCUAAAAUUGACAUCAAUGAAACAGAUACUCUGUGGGGAGAAACAGCUUUGACUGCUGCUGCUGGGAGAGGAAAAUUGGAAGCAUGUGAGCUACUUCUUGAACAUGGUGCUCUAGUAACAAGAACUAAUAGAAGAGGAAUACCACCACUUUUCUGUGCUGUGCGCCAGGGACAUUGGCAGAUUGCAAAACUUCUUUUGGAACAUGGGGCUGAUAUAAAUUUAAGUGACAAGCAAGGCAGGACGCCACUCAUGGUGGCUUCUUGUGAAGGACAUCUGAGCACUGUUGAAUUUCUAAUCUCUAAAGGUGCAGACAUUUCGUCACUGGACAAGGAAGGUCUGACAGCGCUGAGCUGGUCAUGCCUCAAAGGACAUAAGAAUGUGGUCCAGUAUUUGGUUGAAAAAGAUGCUACAAUAGACCAGACGGACAAGAAUGGAAGAACACCCUUGGAUCUAGCAGCUUUCUAUGGAGAUUCGGAUAUUGUGCAGUAUUUAGUAGAGAAGGGUGCAGUGAUUGAACAUGUUGACAAUAGUGGAAUGCGCCCACUGGACAGAGCAAUUGGAUGUCGAAAUACAUCAGUGGUGGUCACACUGCUUCGAAAAGGAGCCAAACUAGGAAAUGCAGCAUGGGCCAUGGCUACUUCAAAACCUGAUAUUCUGAUUAUUCUACUGCAAAAGUUAAUUGAAGAAGGAAACAUAAUGUACAAAAAAGGGAAGAUGAAGGAGGCAGCACAGAGGUACCAGUAUGCUUUACGGAAAUUUCCUCGAGAGAGUUUUGGAGAAGAAAUAAAAGCUUUUAAUGAGCUUAGAGUUUCCUUGUAUCUAAACCUGUCAAGAUGCCGCAGAAAAACAAAUGAUUUUGGCAUGGCUGAGGAGUUUGCUACCAAGGCACUUGAUCUCAAACCCACGUCCUAUGAAGCAUAUUAUGCCAGAGCAAGAGCCAAGAGAAACAGCAGGCAGUUCCAUGCAGCCCUCUGUGAUCUGCGAGAAGCCAUAAAGUUGUGCCCUGGUAACCAAGAAGUAAAGAGACUGCUAGCUCGAGUAGAAGAGGAGUGCAAACAGCUCCAGAGAACACAGCAACCAAAGCCGCAGUGUCCUCAGCCAACAUCACAGAGCAAUGACUCUGACAAUGAGGGGGAAGCUCUUGUGCAGGAUCACUUCAGCCUGGAAGAGAUAGAAGAGGAAGAAUUUUUGCAUGAAGAGGAGCCUGGUCCAUCUGGCCCAAGGCUCCCACUUUCUCAAGGUGCUUCAUCUGGCAGCAGAAACCCUCAGGAAAGCAGCCAGCAGAAAUUUAGACCCAUAUCCCCACCAAACAGGGCAGGGACUAAAUAUCUGCGAGAGCCUGGUUUGACCAUGCAACCUACAAAACAAGCCCAGAUAGUAAAAACAAACCAGCAUCUGCAUUCUAUCCAGUCAGGGGCAAGAACUGGACCUGGUCAGUCUGGCACAAAGACUCAGCCCCUUCAGCAUCUUCCUCCAAGUCCUGUAACCUCCAGACAUCCCAUGAACUCAAGCAACAGUAAAAGCCAGCAUUUGGAUGGGACAAACACACUAUCGGCAAACAUUACUGCAGACAGUAGCUCUGUAUUAUUCAAUGAAAGACUAACAGCUAUCCAGGUCCCCUACUUGCAGCAUAGUGAAAAAGGAUCUUCUCACUCUUUCAUGAGUAAGUCCAAAACACAUGAAAGGCUAGCUGUUCACACUCCUCCAAACAUGGAAAAAACAAGCCCAUCUCUUUCCCAAGGAACUGGUGAAUUAAGGCAGCAAAGCUCUAUUUGUUCUGGCCCACUUUCUGUCAGCAUAGUAACUUCCAGUUCAACAAGCAGUUUGUCUUCAAGCAGUAGCUUCUCUGAGAGUGUAAAAGGCCAAGGUCCAGAUAUUCGACUCAAGGAAAGCAAAGCUAGCCAAAUUCAGAGUGGAUCAGCUGAACAUAGGCCUCGCAAUACUCCCUUCAUGGGGAUUAUGGAUAAAACUGUACGGUUCCAGCAGCAGCAAAUAAGCCCAUCAAAUCGCAGUUGGCAUGGCCAAGCUGCAGAAGGGUUCCUGAAAAGUGCUGGGGCAGCUCUGUCUUUGAGCUGUGAGCAGUUCUCUGCCAAACAUCUAAGCAGCUCUGGCAAUCAGACUGCAACUUUCUCUUCCUCUUCCAUUGUAAUACCAGGAGAAAGUAUCCAGAAUGGAACUCAAUCUAAAGAAUUUGAGGAACUAAAGUGCCAAGCAUCUGCCAGCCUACCAGACAGCAGGAUAGCUAAGCCAGUGGCUCAUUUGUACCAGGAAGUUCUGUCUAAGCAACAUUCUCAGCUUAAUAAAGACGUUCAUUCAAGUCACAUCACUUCUACAAAGCCAAAGCGAUCUUUUGUAGAAUCUAAUGUCUGAAUAAUUCUAGCUGUUUUAUCACAGACUAAUAAUAGGUAUGAACCAUGUCUUUUUGGUUGUAAAACCUAGUGCAUAGUGAUAAGUUUACUGAUAUUAAUCGCUAAUACUUUAUGGAGUGUAUAACAAAUCACAUCAUCUUGCCACUUAUUAAACAUUAAUCAGGCUCUCCGUGAUGACCACUAGUAUUAAUCAAGCAAUGGGUGGCCACAGCUUAGUUAAGUUCUUUGAUAACACAGUGGAAAAGGAAUUCCAUUAUUUAUGUUAAACUUUGUAAGAGAAGAUUUAAACAGGCAUUGUAAAUUUACUUUGUACAGCCAUGUAUAUUAUUGUUUAAAAAUUAUUAAUUUGUGCAAGAUGGUUGGUGGGAAUCGCAGAACAUCCAGAUCUGUCCAUGAAUGUUUUCUUGUCAGGAAGAUUGAGUAUUAUUCUUCCAAUUUAAUAAUGAUGCAGGUGUAAUUUCAGGAAACCUUCUAUCACCUCUGUGCAAAUUGUUCAAGUAGCCAUACUUUAUUCCAUCAUGUGACAGAGGUUGGCUUUAGUUAUUGCAAGGCAGUGGGGGGAAUUACAGGGAACUUUGCAUGCAUUUUGUUCAACAUCCUGGUUAAUUGCACUGAGUAAUAUAAUAUGACAUGUUAACAACAUAUAAACAGCACUUUACAUAGUUUAUCUAAAACACCUUUGAGGUGCGAAGUCAGUACAAGACGGAGAAUAAGGAAGAGGAAUGUUAAGUCUUGCUAGCAUUUUUAUAGAACACCCAAUGAACAUCUGAGGGAAGAGUAUAGUAUGUGAAUUUACUUUUAUAGGAAGGACAUCUGAUACUUUUCCUCAAUGUUUCAGUGGGAAAUGCUUUUUUAAAUUACAAGGAUGUUUUUGAGAUGGCUAGUUUGUAAGGACAUUCCUGUAAUAAUAAAGUUUUGGGUUAUUAUAUAAGCUGGAGUACUCUGUUGCCCUUUAACAAUUAUUCCCAUGUGUACAAUAUGUAUGUACAUUAUAAUAACAUUAUCACACGAUUUUUUAAAGAAUCCUUAAAGAAUUUGCAAUUUUGAAAUGAAUUGUUAUUCUCUAGCUUAUUUAUUGUUUACCUUGGUAUUUGUACAAUCUUAUUUUAUUCUCUUGUUCUGUAGAUCUAUUUUUUUGCACAGCUACUGUAUUUUUCCCAUAUGAAAUAAAAGAUUAUUAAUAUAGUUUC